UAAACACUAAAGUAAAAAUGAAGAAGGUAACCUUUAGGGUUUUUUUAAAGAAUUAACAGAAUUUUAGAGAGUAUACAUGUGAAUAUCAUUAAUUAAAGAGGUUGGUAGCAAAGGAAGAAAUUUAAAUUCCAUAUGAUUGUUUAUUAUUAAUCGAUCAAAAUAAUUAAGUUUAUUCCUCAAAUUAGCUCACAAUGUAAAAAAAUAUUUUGUUUUGGGCUUUUGAUAUAAGAGAAAUUUUUUCUGAGAAUAAAAUUUUAAAAAAUAAGUAUUUAUUAUUUUCAUUAGGGAUUAGGUAAUAUUAAGAAGAAAAUGAUAAUAUAUUAAGAUUAGAAAAUCAAACUUUAAAAGGGAAACUAUAUGAUCUUAAUGAAUAAAUUUCAAAGAUGAGUAAAAAAAUUUCACAACUUGAAAUAGACCUUUAAGUAUCUAAAGAAGCUUUAAAUUAAAAAUAACAUGAAUUUUAUUAAUAAAAUUAAUAAUUGAAUGAAGAGAAAUUAAAAAAUGAGAAUAACUUUAAAGUGCUAAUAGAUGAAAAAAUCUAUCAAAUUUAAACAAUUAAUAAUGAAAAAGAAUAGUAAAAAAGAAUAUAUGAAAAAGAAAUUUAAGAAGAAAAAGAAAGAACAUAUUAAAUAUAAAAAGAAUUUGCUAAUGCCAAGCUUACAUAUGAAUAAGAAUCAUAAUCUUUAUAAUAAAAAAAUAGAAAUGUGCUUCAAUAAUUAGAAAAAGAAUUAGUAAAAACAAAAUAAGAAUUAUAAGAUUUCGAAUAUGCUCAAUAAAUAUAGAUGAAAGCACAUCCAGAUCAGUUUCUACUGUAAUUUAGAUUAAAACUUUUAGAUUAGGAAUUGCAAAAAUAGUUAUAUGA